CUUUAAUGUUACAGCCGCUGGAAAACACAGCCGACAAGUUCCUCUAAAGAUAUAAUUGCAACAUCACUCCUGUAGAGGAAGCGAGACCUGGAACGUAGGACCGCAGGGAAAGCACUUAAUCUCUACUCCUUUUGUGCAGUGCAAGAGAAGGCAAGGCUGUUCGAUGCCGUAGGACUCUCCGAUGCAGUUUAUGUUGCUUUUUAGUCGCCAGGGGAAACUGAGACUCCAGAAGUGGUAUGUCCCACUAUCUGACAAAGAAAAGAAGAAAAUCACAAGGGAACUUGUUCAAACAGUAUUAGCCCGCAAACCGAAAAUGUGCAGCUUCCUGGAAUGGAGAGACCUGAAGAUUGUCUACAAAAGAUAUGCAAGCCUCUAUUUCUGCUGUGCCAUUGAAGAUCAGGACAAUGAACUAAUAACUCUGGAAAUAAUUCAUCGUUAUGUAGAACUUCUUGACAAGUAUUUUGGCAGUGUAUGUGAACUUGAUAUCAUCUUCAAUUUUGAAAAAGCCUAUUUUAUUCUGGAUGAGUUUCUCUUGGGAGGGGAGGUCCAGGAGACUUCCAAGAAAAACGUUCUCAAAGCCAUUGAACAGGCAGAUCUUCUACAGGAGCAGGUAGUUUUUUUUGUCAUACCUGAUGCAUGUUCACUUCUUUACUGUUUCAUUGCUGAAAUCCAGAAGCUAGACUCUCUUCUUUGAGACUCAUACAGGAUGCUAAAGAAGCAGAGACCCCACGUAGUGUACUUGAAGAAAUUGGAUUGACAUAAGUCUUCACUUCAGCUGAUGACAUCUCAGUGUUUCAUACUGUAAAUGUUCACUGCCUUCAUUGUAAUGUUUAGCUAAUGGUGUAAGAUGCUGUUUGUCAGUAUUACUGUUUUGCUAAGCUGCUUCAUUCAGGCCUACAGGGGAAAUACUCCUUUGAAAAGGGAACAAGAAAUUAAAGGCCAAAACUCAUAAAUGAAAGGGAAUUUGAUUUAAAUUGACUCAGUGUCUCUUCUCACUGCAUUUAUAGAAAAAAAUUGCAUUUAAUUUCAAUAAGUGUACUGUUUUUAUAAGCAAAUGACUUCAGGAAAUAAAUGUAUCGUUGACAUAACAUAUCUAAAUGAAAAGAAUACAUGGACACCUUCAAGUAUGAAAUGUUGUAGAAAUUGUUUAUGCAACCAAAGACUUUUUGUUCAUCUGCAUUUUUAGUCAAUAGUUGCCAUAAUUCUGCUUUUAUUCAGUUAAUGCGUUACAAUUGGAAAUAACUGUUUACUUCUGAAUUUGCCAUUAUACCAAAGAAUCCUGUUAGGAUCUGCAUAUCCAACUGGUUAAAACUGUUAAGGCGGCAUUGCUUUUUGCAAGACAACUGCAAACUGAUCAUUUACUAGCAGUGAAAGUGUAUUUACCUGUAAUUAACUUGAUGAAAACUGUGCAAGCUACUAUAUUAAAAAGGGAAUGCAUGUAGUUUAAAAAAAAAAAAAAUACCAAAAUGGGGAACUAUUUUUAAACCAGUACUGGCUUGCUCUGAACAUAGACACAAAAGAAGGGAUGUAGCCUUUUUGAUUGUAUAGAGAGGUACGUAAUGAAAAUAGGAUACUUUUGAACAUGGGAGCUUUACAAAAGGGAGUUUUUAUGAUUUUCUUUUGAACUCUACAAAUUAAUUUGUAUUUAUUCGUGUUUUGUAGUUACGCUUUAAUGGGUGUAUGAGCACCUUUAAGAAAAAGCAUCAGCUUAAUUUUGACUACUUUUCUUACUUACUCCUUUCACAUAUGGCACAUCCCAUAAAUACUGUGCAGUAGAACCAACUAAUUUGCAGUGAGAAUUUUGUACACUACAUUCACUGCAAAUUGGGUAAAGUGAAAUGAAGUAGUAGUUCAACAUUUUUUGCAGACUCAGAAGUCGUACACUAGAACUGUUUCACUUGAAGAAAUUUGUUUGAUGUAUGCUUUUGAGUUCUGAGAAGGUAGUGGCACACUUUGGAGUAGCAGUGCUACUGUGCGUGUGCGUGGUCCCUGAGAAUGUUCAGCUUGCUUUCUUUCUCCUCCCAUCCCAGGAACUUCGCUGUAGAAUUCAAGUAAGUAGCGCCAUGUACGUUUUCACAACACUUAGCUUUGGCAUUGUUGCUGGAAGCAGUCGUGUGGUGCUAGCACAAGCAGUUACACAGCCAGCUGUGGCUCAAUCUGAUCUAGACUAAAUGUAACCCACCAGCAAAAGGCUGGCACUGAUGCUCAUUCCCUGAUCCAGAUCCCAGUAGCGGUGCUGGUGGCAGCAAAGGAGCUGACCAGAGCAGAGGUGGGCUGGGUCUGGGGCUGCAGCUUCAGUAGCUGUGCCAGAGUGGAGCCUGAGAACCUGCAGCAUGCAAAUUUGUCCGUUUAAGCCAUUUCUGGGAUUUAAAUAUACCAGAUUACUCGAGACCAUGUUUAAGGGAAGCCACACAAAAGCAGCCGUUAGCGUUUUCCCGGUGCACAAGGGCAGGGAUAGAUGAGGUUCAAGUGGUGUUAGAAUGAGCCUUGGUGUGAGACUGAAGUUGUGAAAUUACCUUAAGUCAAACCUGAAGCGAUUUCCUAUGUAUUAAACAUUUUUGAAGUUUACACUGUCACUUGUAUGUGCUUGGCUGGGUUAAGCUUUGUUGUGAUUGUGACAAAUAAACUGUUUGACCUUUGUUGUACUGUCCCAUUGGUUUAGUUGUAAUAAAUGUCCAUUUUUACACCGUU